AUGAAUAUUACACUUCAUCAUUCUAUGGCUAGACUUAAUCGUUAUAAAAAACAAAAUGAAGAACAACGUAUUAAAGUAACAAAUAUUGCUCUUCCUGCUGUUAAUAAUGUUUUACCAAAACAAAUACUAGCAAAUGAAGAAGAAGUUAAUACCGAUCAAAAUAAAACUUCUAAAAUACCAUUUAAUGAAACAACUAACAUUAUUAGUUCUGAUAAUACAUCGAUUAAGAAGCGGUCUAGUGAACUUCAACUUGGCGAAAAAAGA